AUAUAAAUAUUUUCAUUGGAAUAAAAAAUUCCAAUCUGCGAAGAUGUUACUACUUAAAACUAUUACUCUUUUCUUGUUAAUAAUUCAGCUCUACGAAACUAACGCUGUAGAUGUUUUGAUUACAAUUCCUAAUGGGACUUUGAAAGGGAGGUUGGAAUUUUCUUUAAGAAAAAGCGUAAGAUUUAAUGCUUUCCAAAAUAUUCCAUAUGCCAAACCACCAAUAAACGAUUUGAGAUUUAUGGAUCCUGAACCAGCUGAGCCAUGGGAAGGUGUUUUAGAUGCAAGUUCAACAGAUCAAAGACCCUGUUUUCAAGUUGCUGAUUGGGGUAACUUUACAGGUCAAACAGAAGAUUGUCUUUAUCUAAAUGUCUACUCCCCAGAGAAACCCUACAUUGACAAGUCUUUACCUGUAAUAUUUUACAUAUAUGGUGGUGGAUUUAAUUCUGGUUAUUCUGGAUUCUACCAAGCUGGUCCCCAUUAUCUUAUCGAAAGUGGUGUUGUAGUAGUUACUGUUGGAUACAGAGUUGGACCAUUUGGUUUUCUAUCGACUGGCGAAGAAGGUGUACCGGGAAAUCAAGGUUUGAAGGACCAAAAUCUCGCGCUUCGUUGGGUGAAAGAUAACAUAAAAUAUUUCGGUGGUGAUCCAGAUAAAAUAACCAUAAUGGGUGGAAGCGCUGGUGGUAGUUCAGUGACUUACCAUAUGAUGAGUCCAAAAUCGAGAGGAUUAUUUAGGGCAGGUAUAUCUCACAGUGGUUCCUUGUUAUGUCCUUGGAGUUAUCAAAGCGAAGCUAAAUCUCUUGCUUACAAACUUGCAGUUACUAUUGACCCCCAAUUCAACUUAGAAGCUACAUCUGAAGAGCUAGUGGCAUAUUUAAAAAGUGUUUCUGCAGAGUCAAUCAUUGCUGCAGCUAAAUCAUUCGGGGAAGGCGUUGGUACCGAGGAACUUGUACAAGGAUUUUUCUGGGCACCUGUAAUAGAACACGAACAUGAUGGAGCUUUCAUUACUGAGUCCCCUUACCAAGCAGUAGAGAGUGGUAAAAUGGCACGAGUUCCUCUUUUGAUUGGUAUUAACUCAGAGGAAGCGUUAGACAGAAUAACUUAUGGCUACUUUCCACAAAGUGUCAAAGCUUACGAUGCUGAUGUAAAAGCUUUAGUGAACAAAAAUAUGGGAAUCACAGACCCUUAUCGUCUUGUUGAAGUUGGUACUAAGAUUAGAAAUAUAUACACCAACGGUGGUUUGCUACAGGAAAAUAUAGCCAAUGCUAUAAGGUAUUUCAGCGAUAUGUCAUUUACAAGAAGUGUUAUAAGACAUGCGCAAUUGCAGUCAGCCUACAGUGACGUUUAUUUCUAUCAAUUUUCUUACGAUGGUCAAUUAGGAGGUAUCAGACCAGCUCUCGAAGGUGCAGAAAGAGUGGCACAUUCUGUAGAAGGAAGCUACGUGUGGUGCUAUGGGAAUUCGUCAAAUUUGGAAUCUAACUCACCAGCAGAUGUUUUAACCAGUGAACGAUUCAGAACUUUACUAACUAAUUUCGUGAAAUAUCUAGAUCCAACUCCUGAAGCAAUAUCUUUGUUGAACCGCGUCAUUUGGCCGACAGUAAAGAACGAUGACUUCAAGUAUUUGAACAUUAACGUUACUCUCAAUGUAGACACCGAUCCUAAGAAGGAGACGUAUUCAAAAUGGGUAGAACUCUACGAAAACGAAGCAGAAAAACCUUAUGUGACUUAUUAAUUUUCGUUCAAUGUGUAGUAAUAUAAACUGUUUG